AAAUUUUCAAAUAUCAUAUUUGGGUCGGGCUACAUAGUUUAUUAAAUUAUCACAUAAUUAUAUGCUGUAAAAAUGGUUUUUGGAAGUCCUUUUUCAGAUAAAUAUUCUAAACGUAUUUUAGAAAGUUUAAAAAAGAGCAGAAAGGGCAAAGAUGUGUUCGCCUCUUUAUACAACUUUGUCAACAGUACAAGGAUAUAUGAACAUGUUUUAAAACAUACACAUCGAUAUUGGUUGUUUACUAUUUUUGGAGGCUGUAUUUCUUGUUUCUGUCUGAGCUCGGUUUGUGACUGUAUUUGGAAACAUGUUAACAAAGGGAGGCUUUACAUUGAUUUAAAAAAUGAUGAAGUUCAAGUAGAAUCUGAAGAAUAAUUUUGUAAUUCCUAUUGUUAAUUUAUUGUGAAAAUUUUGGUAUAAAUAAUUUUUUAUUAUUAAUGUGAA